UUUCUAUGUUCAUUAAAGGCAGGUGUUAAUGAGAUCUGAAGGUCAAUCUGUGUUCUGGCUAUUUAUCAAGGAACAUCUUAGCUCUAGUGAAAUAAAGACAUAUAAUUCUUUACAUAAUGUAAUGACAGAUGUUGGUAGAGGUUGGUCAAGUUGUUGGUUUCUAAAUGAUUCCAGGAAUGUUUGUGGCUCAAGCAUGGCUUAGGUCUAGUUUAAACGAGCAAUCAUUGGAGAAAUAUCUUCAUAGCUUCAUUGGGCAUAAACAGUUGCUUUUUCAGUAUUAUGAGCAAGAUGCAUUAUUAUUGGAUGAUGAACGAUCUAGUAUGUUACCAAUGAUGGCUGCUGGCUUAAGUUCAAUUCUUUUUGCAAUUGACAUUGACAAAGCUGAGUUUAACUCUAUUACUGUACAGAUUCCAGGCAAUAUCAGCCAAGCAGUUUCUCGUCCAACAUCAAUAUGGGCUGUACCAUCACCAAUGUAUGCGACGUCAGGAGCUCCUGGUGAAGUUUGUUAAAUACAACAUUUUAAGAAAAUAAAGAUUUGAUCAGAAUUUCAUUUUCUCUCCUGAUCAAAAAUAUCCCUUUUAUCCCUAAUUAUCCCUACCAUUCAUCUCAUAUAUCGCUAAUCUUAUCAUUCCUUAACCACACAUGUCAUUUAUUCCUUGUAAUCCCCCAACCAUGCGUUCUCCUUAACCUUUAUUAUCCCAUUAUUACAUGUCUUCAUUUAU